AUGCUUUGGAGAAUGAGCACCUGCGGCAGGAAAGCGCUGACUCUGCUCAGCAGUGUCUUUGCUGUGAGUGGAUUGGGAUUUCUGGGGAUUGCAGUGAGCACCGACUAUUGGUUGUAUCUGGAGGAAGGGAUCAUCUUGCCCCAAAACCAAAGUACCGAAAUCAAGAUGUCUCUGCAUUCUGGCCUCUGGAGGGUUUGCUUUUUAGCAGGUGAAGAACAUGGGAGGUGUUUCACAAUAGAGUAUGUCAUGCCCAUGAAUGUCCAGAUGACCUCUGAAUCAACUAUCAAUGUUUUAAAAAUGAUUCGUUCUGCCACCCCGUUCCCCCUGGUGAGUCUCUUUUUCAUGUUUAUUGGAUUCAUCUUGAGCAACAUUGGGCAUAUCCGGCCACAUAGAACCAUCUUGGCCUUCGUGUCUGGAAUCUUCUUCAUUUUGUCUGGUUUAUCUCUGGUGGUGGGGCUCGUAUUGUACAUCUCCACCAUCAAUGAUGAAAUGCUCAAUAGAACCAAGGAUUCGGAGACAUACUUCACUUACAAAUAUGGCUGGUCAUUUGGUUUUUCUGCCAUUUCUUUCCUCCUAACUGAGAGUGCGGGUGUCAUGUCUGUUUACCUGUUCAUGAAAAGAUACACUGCUGAAGAGAUAUACCGGCCACACUCUGGCUUCUACCGACCCCGUCUUAGCAACUGCUCCGAUUACUCAGGCCAGUUCCUUCACCCCGAGGCAUGGGUCCGGGGACGCAGCCCUUCUGACAUCUCCAGCGAUGCCUCUCUCCAAAUGAACAGUAAUUACCCGGCUCUGCUUAAGUGUCCCGAUUAUGACCAGCUGUCCUCCUCCCCAUGCUGA